AUGUAUUACCCACGGCUUAUCGAAGUUCCCGACAACUACGAGAUAUUUGCGUACUGCGCCUUCUUUGUAAUGAUAGUUUCUGGAAAUAUCUGGGUUAUAAUUGCUGUUAUCAGACAACCCAAGUUACGCCACUCAUCCACAAAUAUGUUUAUAAUUUCACUAUCGGUUGCUGAUCUCCUCGUGGCCAUGUUUCAGAUUCCAUACAAUCUGUUUUAUCAUUUAAUACCCGGAUUCUUCGCCUCAUUAAAUAAUAAUAUCUUCGUCUGUCGGACAUUUGCUUGGUUUCAAUGGACAUCGCGUUGUGCGACAGUGUUUUCACUUAUCGGUAUUGCGAUUGACAGGUACAGGGCUAUUGUGACACCUGUACAACCAAAGCUGACAAGAUCGCACGCUGGAGCCAUCAUAUCUAUAAUAUGGUUAGCAUCGUUGGGGUAUUCGCUCCGAAAACCGAUACUACUGGAUAUGAGCUAUUUCACUAUAAAUAAUGUAACAGAAAAGCACUGCAUGGUACCUUUGCAAUUUCACCAUAUUACUCGGUUAUUGCAUAUUGUAGAUUUCCUAGUCAUGUACCUCGUACCUUUGAUCAUCAUCAUUCCACUUUAUGUGUUGAUGGUGGUGGCCUUAAAAAAGAAGGGACCGACUAAUAUAUCCAAUCGGAACAAACGAAAGGCAAUUAAAAUGUUAAUUCUUGUUGUUAUCGCGUUCGCACUCACGUGGUUACCUUACUACAUGUAUAUCCUAUAUUACAACUUCACAGACGAUGUCCCAGUUUCGCUUAUGAAGGGUCUGGAAGUACAAGUGCACAUUGCAACGUUCUCCUACCUCAGCAACAGCUGGACAAAUCCGUGUCUAUAUGCAUAUUUCAAUGAGAGCUUUCGCAAGGAAUUCUACAGGAUGUUCCCGUGUCUGCAAAAUGGCUGCCGGGGUAACAAAGUAACACCGAGCGCGUACAAGACCUCCAAUGGGCCGACUACCGUGCAGACAAGGACUGUAGCACAGACAUCUAAUGAAAUGAAUAUGAAGUGA